AUGUCGAAGUAUAGAGAACUCAGUUACAAUCAAGUACCUUUACCAACUUCAUCUUCAUCAUUUACACCCCUUCCAACCAGCAGAGGUGAUUCCAUCAUCAUUGGAAAAGAAAAAAGGCAACAACGUCAACAUCGCAAACUUGUCCAUUUCAAAUCGUAUUAUUUCCAAAUUCAAAAUCUCAUUAAUUGCAAUGUAUCUCUAAGUUUGAAGUUUGAACAAUUAAAAUCCCCCGAAAUUCUUUCUACUUUGAUCAAACCAAUUAUUGUUGAAAUCUUGGCCAUCACUGAACGGAAUUCUGCCAACGCUACACUACCAUCGACACUACUAUCGACACAUGCGUUCACUACUGACAUAAAGCCAAGGCUGAAAAUUUCAACAUUUACCAUUUACAUUUUACUUCUACUUCGAUAUGAAUACUUGAUCCAACUGGAAAACAACUUGAUUUGCUUUGAUUUAUUAGUUACAAAGGCCAACGUUUGUGAAUUAUUGGCUAUUCGUAUGUUGCGAGAAUACAAAUCAUGGCAAAGAAUACAAAUGCUAUUUGUUAAACCACCAUUAGGAUUGGUCUCUGGUAAUAGUAACAACAGUAGCAAUAACAAUAGCAAUAACAUGGCAGCGAUGGGCAUGAUGGAUGUGAAUACCCUCGAGUUGAGCGUAUUGUCGAAACUGAAACGGUUCUUAUCACAACCUAUAGUUAUACACAUUUUGAAACGAUUCUAUAAUGGUGAUUUAGUUUAUUGUGAUGGUGGGUCUUAUUUAUAUUAUCAAAAUGGCGACUUUCGAGAUGAUGAAAAAAGCGCAUUGUUGGGGACAGAGUCAAGCUCGAAGAAACAACGUCAAUUAAAGCGUAGUACCUUUAAUGGAGAGAACAAUUACAAUAGCAGGAGGAGCAGUUACAAUGGCGAUAAUGUCAAUGAAGGAGAAGUUGAUGAUUCAGAUGAUGAUUCAGAUGCGGAUAACGAUGAAAUGAUAUUCGACGACUCAGAUGAUAGGUUUUCCAUUCGUCGAAUUUUCAAUCGAGCCCAACUCGUACCAAAAUAUCAACACGUUUUGAUAAAUUUAAAACUCAUCAACUUUGCCAUAGUUUAUCUCAUUAUGAUUUUACAACCUGCUAAACAACUGCGCUCGGUGGUGAUGGAACUAUAUUUCUGGCUCCUUGCUUUAAGUUUCAAUGGCGAAGUGGUGACAAAACUAGUGCAAAUCGAUCAUCGGUUUAUGAAUCUUGUCAUUUGGAAUCAAAUUGAUUUACUCUUUGUUUGCAUUAUUGAUUUAUGUUUUAUUUUCAAAUUCGUCAUUAAUGCCCCGCAAUAUUUUCAUGAUGUUUUCAGUUUGAUCGGCAUUAUCCUAUUCCCACGAAUUUUGGCCAUAUUCAACAAUUAUCGGUUUUUCAAUUUGAUUUUAUUAUCGUUCCACAAGAUGAUUUUCAAUUUGAUUGGACUUGUAUUGUUCUUUUUCACAUUGAUUAGUGGGUUUUAUUUCAGUUUUAUCACCCUUAGUUCAACGCAAACGAGACAAGAUGUAUUGUUUAACAUGUUGAAGAUUUUCUUUGGGUUUACGCCGUCGGUGUGGAAUUAUUGGGAUGAUUUUAACACGUUGGGGAAAAUUAUGCAAAUGAGUUAUUUGUUUUUGAUUCAGUUUAUUGUGGGUACGAUUUUGGCCAUUUGUCUUAGUGGUGUUUUCACCAAGACGAGAGAGAAUAUUGAUCAUGAGUUUAAUUUCUUUAAACUGAAUAAUUUAAUCUUGUAUUUUAAAAUGGGCCAAAUGAACCAACGUCAUGGUGUGGUUAAUUGGUAUUGUCAGUUGUUUAAAUUGCCCCUUGUGAUUAUGAUUUUGAUUUACAAGGUGAUGGUACAUGUACUUUUAAACAAACGAAGGAUAAACAAGAAUGAUGAUGAUGUUGUUGAUUUGAAACACUUUGUGUUUAUUCAACCUAGUAAUGACCAAGAUCAGCUUUUUGGUGAUCAAAACAGUAUUGGAUAUGCCGACACACCGCAAGAGGCAGCGGCGAUCAAAGUGAAUAAACGACAAGCCAUGAAAAAUCAUCAGUCCAUUAGCACAUUGGGAGGUGGCCAUCUACGAACUGCUUCUACUGACUCAUUUUUUAUUGAUCAGUUGUUGAAUCGAAAGUAUGGUGUUGGUGGUAUGGCGGCAACUACGAAUGCAGUAGAUAACAACAAACUUGAUCGCAUACAGACCCAAACUCAAAAUCAAACACCAAUACCGGCGGUUAAUCGGGUAUUUUCCCGUAAAGCACAUAACCAACAGCAACAACAACAGCGACGCCAAUCACCACCAAUGGUGCUGCAACAGCAACUACAGCAACUGCACCAGAUACCCAUCAAGCUUCAAAAGUCAUUCAAUGUACCACGACGUGGAUCAGUGUUUCUGCAGACAACAACAAAUCAAGGGAAAUCACAACCGCCCCAUUCUUAUGCACCACCACAGUCAUACUUUGGCUCGCCACCUGCACCUUCAUUACUACCUGUGGCGACAACUACACUGCAGCCAACGCAUAGUCAAGAGAUUCUUUCACGAAUAUCAAACCUUGAAUCUUUACUUGCAAAGCGUAUGAUAUCAACCAGUAUUGAUGAUUCGAAACUGGUGAUGAUGUAUCGAAUUAAUGAAGAUGAUAAUCAUCGAAUUAGGGGCAGAUAUGGGCGUAAUAAUGAGAAUGACGAUGAUGACUUGCUGAUUAACUCUGAAAGUGGUGACGAUAGUAACCGACGUAGUAAUCGAGGUUCUGGAUCUACUGUCAAUUGCAACGAUGAUGAGGAUGACGAAAACGAAGAAGAACAAGAAGAAGAAGAAGAAGAAGAUGAUGAUGAUCUAGACAGUGAAGAGUUGAAUCGAACGAUUCCGUUAAAGUUCAAUACGUUGAGUGAUACUGAAAUAGACCAAUAUGAUAGUGAUGAGACAUUUUAA